CAUAUUGCAUUUAUUUGGAAAUCGCGAACUUUCAUCACAUGGGCGAAAUAUCAGGACGUGUUGUGUCCAACAUAUUGUGAAAGGCGAUUGUUUCAUAUUCUUGAUUUUCGAUGCAAAUCAUUUUGGAACAGAACUGAUUUGAAGUUAAUCGACCAAGAACCUGAAUAGCUUUUAUCGUGGAAUUUUGUACUGUUAAACUUCAAAUAUACAGUUCAAGACGAACCACACGCUGUUGUCGAUACAGCGUGUUGGGGCCAUUGAGUUUCAUUCAUUUGUUGCAACCGGCAUUGGAGUUGCAUUGAAUAGAUCUGCGGAAGGCCAAACGUGUCCAAAUAAAUAAGCGCACUCAAAGAUAGGCAACUACUUGCCAAAUCUGAUAAUAUAAAUCAACACUUUAGUCUUGUUAUUGUUAGUGGAACUAAUUAUUGGUGAACAAGAGUGUUGAUUGGAGAAAGAGAGACAAGAAGUAGAAACAGAAUAAGAGAAAGAUGUCUGCACAGGAGGAAACUGCAGCUGACAGGAAUGUCGAAAUAUGGAAAAUCAAGAAACUGAUCAAAAGUUUACAGGCAGCAAGAGGGAAUGGAACCAGUAUGAUUUCACUCAUCAUCCCACCCAAGGAUCAAAUCUCAAGAGUAGCAAAAAUGUUGGCUGAUGAAUUUGGAACGGCUUCAAACAUAAAAAGUAGAGUAAACAGACUGUCCGUGCUCUCAGCAAUCACAUCAGUACAGCAACGUCUCAAACUAUAUUCCAAAGUACCUCCAAAUGGGCUCGUCAUUUACUGCGGGACGAUCGUCACGGACGACGGCAAAGAGAAGAAAGUUAACAUUGACUUUGAACCAUUCAGGCCUAUCAACACAUCGCUGUACUUAUGUGAUAACAAAUUCCACACAGAGGCUUUGAUGGCAUUACUGGCAGACGACAAUAAAUUUGGUUUCAUCGUGAUGGACGGUAACGGUGCUCUAUUUGGUACACUAUCGGGAAACACUAGAGAAGUCCUUCACAAGUUCACAGUAGACUUACCAAAGAAACACGGUCGUGGAGGUCAGUCCGCUCUUCGUUUUGCCCGUCUCAGGAUGGAGAAGCGCCACAAUUACGUGAGGAAGGUCGCCGAGACGGCGGUCCAGCUGUACAUCAGUAACGACAAGCCCAACAUCGGGGGUCUCAUCUUAGCAGGGUCUGCUGACUUCAAGACGGAACUCAGCCAAUCAGAUAUGUUUGAUCCUAGGUUGCAAGCUAAAAUUCUCAAAUUGGUUGACGUAUCGUACGGUGGAGAGAAUGGAUUUAAUCAAGCUAUUGAACUAUCAGCAGAGGUCUUAUCAAAUGUCAAAUUUAUUCAAGAGAAGAAACUUAUUGGUAAAUACUUUGACGAGAUCUCCCAAGACACGGGGAAGUACUGCUUUGGAGUAGAAGAUACGUUCAAAGCCCUCGAGAUGGGGGCAGUAGAAAUCCUAAUUGUAUGGGAGAAUCUAGACGUCACACGAUAUGUACUCAAGAACCACUCUUCAGACGAGGAAAAGAUACUUCAUCUAAAUCCAGAACAAGAGAAAGACAAAACCUACUUCAUUGAUAAAGAUACUGGUGUAGAGUUGGAAUUAGUUGAAUCAAUAGCCCUUCUUGAAUGGUUGGCAAAUAACUACAAAUCCUUUGGUGCCACGCUCGAGAUCAUCACAGAUCGAUCGCAAGAAGGAUCUCAAUUCUGCAAGGGCUUUGGUGGUAUUGGUGGCCUUCUCAGAUACCGUGUGGACUUCCAGCAGUUAGAUUACGACGAGGACGACGAUGACUACGGAGACUACGACGGCUACUAGAAAGGGGUCGCGACCCCCCGUCAUCUCGUAUCCUCAAUAGGAAACACAGAUGGACUAAAAAUUGAAUCUGAAUGAAAAAAACAAAAGAUAUUCGCCUAGGAUUUCAUGGUCAUUAUAAUCCUUUCAAUGCAGUAUCAUAUGCAGGGGCACAUCUAAGGGGAAUGCGCCUCUGCCUUCCUUUAGAAUUAUUUCCUAAACUUAUCCUUGCUAGACAUCGAGUCUGGUCCCACCUUUUGAAAAGCCCUUGAUCCAUCGAUGGUCUGUAACAGCAUAAUCUAUCCUGGGGAUUGUAACACAAAUCUUAGCAAUGAUCGUGGAACAUUUUUCUAAGAUUGAUCCCAAUGGCUGCAAUGUGCAAUCAAUCGUAAAAAUCAAACGUAUGAUCAAUCGCUGACCUUUGUGUUACUGGAUCUAUGGUCCCAUAACACAAAGGUUAGCGAUAGAUCAUACGUUUGAUUUUUACGAUUGAUCGUACAUUGUAAUCAUUCAAUGCAGUCAAUCGAAAAAAAAGUCCUACGAUGAUUGCCAAGUUUAGUGGGCCCCAAGGUCACCCGCAUUGUACCCUACUGUACCCAACUGCUUUUCUAACCUUGGCUAAAGAAGAGUGUUAUGAUAGAGUUGUAUCUGCUUUAGCAUUCAAAGAAUCCAUUCUUACUCAGGGGUCUGUAACACAAAGCUUUAUAGCAAUGAUCGUAGAACAUUUUUCUAUGAUUGAUUCCAUUGACUAUAAUGUACAAUCAAUCGUAAAAAUCCAGCGUACGAUUUAUUGCUAACCUUUGUGUUACAGGACCCUAGGGACUGCAUCACAAUGCUCAGAAAUCAUCGUAGAACAUCUUUCUGAUCAAUUGCAUUGGCUACAAUGUACAAUCAUUAAUCGUAAAAAUCAAGCGUACAAGUAAUCGCUGACUUUGGUGUUGCGGAACCCUGAAGUGGCAAAUAUUGAUUGAUUCCAUCCACUGGACUGUGCGCCCUUGUGGCUGGUCGUCCAUUGAUGUAGCCAUUGGUCUGUAACGCUUCUACACAACGAUCCAAAUGUCCUCACAUCUUCUAGGAGUUGAAAUCAUUUCUUCUUCCUUGGGUGUACUGCCCAGUGCCCUACAGGAGGAGCCAACCGGGCCGGAUGGGAACCAACUGGGCAUCAUCCCCCAACCGGGUGGGAGCCAACCAGGCAUCACUUGAAAAUAUAUAUCUAAAGACAGACUUACGUCAAUAAGGUAUCAAAUAAAAGCUGGAGAGCAUGUUUGUCAACAUAUGUUGUGUGGCAAGUUGUCAGAUCUGACAACUGUCCUUGGUUGGAAUUGGCUGAGAAGCACAAUUUCUUACGUUUUAGCGGGCAUUUCAUGAAAGGAAUUGUCGGAUGUUUUAUCCAACAAGUCCUAUUUUAUCCGACAGUUACCAUAGGAACAGUGCCUCUCAGCCAAUCAAAAUUGAGGGAAGAUGUCAGAUCUGACAACUUGUCAGAUGAAAUUAUUGAUGAAACUCCCCCUGACAAGUCAUUUCAUGAAACGCUCCCCUGGAGCCACUAUCGGUAGAUCUUCCAGCGGGAGCCUUUUCAUGCUGCUAUUUUAGGAACGACAAAAUGUUGGGAAUUUCCAUAGGAAAAAGACGCUUAGCAGGAUCUCAGCUUGGAGAGCAGGCCAACGUUGCUCUGACUUUUAAGAAGUUUAUUUAUAGAACUUGUAAUGGUCUUAUCAGUUGAAUUGUCCGAUGAUGUGGUGCAGUGUUAGAAUGCAUUUGCAACAUUCACAUAAGCUUUUCUGCCCCAAUAUCUUCUUUUAUUUACAGUAAUACUGGCUAUCCCUCUGACAAUUGAUAUAAACGUCAUGAUAAAAAGUGAUUUUUUUUUUUACUUAUUUGUAGUAAUGAUGGAUAUCCCUCUGACAAUCAAUAUAAUCAUUAACUUCAUGAUUUCAAAAGGAAAAAAUAUAACCAAUAAUACUUGUAUAGGACAAAUGUGUAUCAAGUCUUUCCAAUUUUCUUAAUUUCUAAUAAAUUUAUUUAUUUUUAAUGCUCUGAGAGUUGAGUUUUACACAGUUACUAUUUCGGUGUAAGGAUUACAUUUGGAGAGCUCAGGGACUUAAUGAAAUUUCUGCUCUCUAAUCUCUUUCAGUUUAAGUAUCAGUUGGGUAGGUGGUUGUGUAGUAAUAAAUACUUUGAAUGUUUUCAACCUUGGCGUGGCACAAUGCUUUGUAAAAAUGAUUUUUGAU